GCAUGAUAAAGGGCACAGAGCUCACGUUGCGAAAAAGAUACUUUCGGCUGCCCGAAGGAAACUUAAAGGGAGAGCCAUCAGCCAAGAUAGAAGAUGCUUCUCCCUAGAAAAAAGCAAUAAGGAAGUGCGCCAACGAAUUUCCACCACUCUCUGAAUUCUCUCGCCAAUCUGCACCUCCCUUUGUUAGAGAUUUUUGGGAGAGACAGCGUUUAAUUUGGGUGGGUGGGAAUAAUGUUGUGUAGAAUGGUGUUGUUGACGAAGAAGAAGAAGAAAGGAGCAGUGCCGGUUUAUCUCAAUGUGUACGAUCUUACGCCGAUGAAUGGCUACGCCUACUGGCUCGGCCUUGGGGUCUACCAUUCUGGCGUGCAAGUUCAUGGAGUUGAAUACGGGUUUGGAGCGCAUGAGCAUGCGACAUCAGGAAUUUUUGAAGUGGAACCAAAGCAUUGCCCUGGUUUCACCUUCAGGAAAUCGAUUCUGAUAGGAAGAACUGAUCUAGGUCCCAAAGAGGUCCGUACCUUUAUGGAGAAAUUAGCUGAAGAUUACUGUGGAAACACUUACCAUCUUAUUACGAAGAACUGCAACCACUUCUGCAACGACGUGUGCAUCAGAUUGACAGGGAAACCCAUUCCUAAUUGGGUCAACCGACUUGCUCGACUUGGUUCUUUUUGCAAUUGUGUCCUUCCAGCUAAUGUCAGCGAGACAAAAGUUCGGCAAGUUAAAUCGGGAGAUAGGGUUUACGAAGGAGAUAAGAAGAAAUUGAGGAGCCAUUCAAGUAGGUUCCCGGCUUCUACUAAUCGUCCACCUCCUUCAUUAUCAUCUUGUCCUCCAGUUGCUGCAAUCAAAAGUAAUAGUAGACAAAGACGUUCUCUCCCUCCAUGUUUGUCUUUGAUUCAUUCUGCUCCAGCCUCAACCUUGACUUUAAAGCUUUAAUGGCAAUCUGGUUUGAUAGUUCUUAGGGUGUUAGAAUUAAACAAAGAACAAAAGGCAAAAUAGUAAAUCCCUGUCUAUUUACUUAGUUUUACUGUUCUUUUCUCAUGGUUGUGGAAACAGCUGCUUGAAAAAAAAAAUGUUGCAGCGUUUCUGUUCUGUAAAAUCCCCUGCUUGCUUGAAUGGAAAGAUAUAAUGCCUAUCCAAUUUUCAGCUUCUUUCCU